AUUAUUUUCAUUGAUUAUCGUUGUAAUACUACCUCUUGUUUCUUAUUAAUUGCAACUUUAAAGGAUUAAAUGAAGUUUUAGGCAAAAUUUAUAUGAGUGUUAAAUGAAGAGAGAGAUAAAUUAAGACCCUGUCCACUUCAACUUAUUUUUACAGAACAGAAAUUAUUUUACAUAAUUGAUUUUUUUUUUUUUGAAGUCUAAUUGAAAUUAUUGUACUGAUUCUUAAUACUUCUUCUUUAGAGUUACUGAUUAUUACAGAAUUGAAAUUAUUUUUACUGAAUAUAUUUUUACUAAAUUGGAAUUGUCUUUAAGGAAUCAAAUUUAUUUUUACCAAACUUUUUUUUUUUUGAACAGGGUCUAAGAUAAAGAUGCAUGUUACGAUCAUUGAGCAGUGAAUGUUACGGCUAGCCUUUCCUAUAAAUAGCAACGGGAACUUAAGUUUACUAGCAACAAGAGCUUAAUUUAAGUUAACAACACGAAAGAAGAGUCUAGAAAUAGAGAACGAUGUCGAGUUCGCCUCAAUUUGUGGCUCUAAGAACAGAUUUUAACAAGAGGUAUGUGGCUGUUGUAACGGAUGGUAGCCAAAAAAAUGGACUGGAGAUGUCUUCAGAAGCUGAAAUAGUGGUCAACCUUAAAGCCAAGUUCACCGUCGAGCCUUCCACCACUGCAGGUCUCGUGCACAUACGAAGCAAUUACAAUAACAAAUAUUGGUGCAGUGAAUCCCCAAGUAGUGGUUUAAUUGCAGCAAAAGGCGUUGAACAAGUGGAAGAUAAGUCAUCAUGGAAUUGUACAUUGUUUAGAGUCCAAUUUUAUGGUCAAAAUGUAUCGUUUUACCAUGUUGGAUCAAACAGCGAUGUACAAGUAAGUACUGUCAAUAACCAAUUGUUGUUGGAUGUUAACAAAACUAGUACUGGAAACAAAGAAAUUUUUACGCCAGUUGAUUUAGCAUCAAUAGUGAUACUGCCUAAACGCGUUACGUUCAAAAGCUUCGUCAAUGAGGGUUACUUGCUCGGUAGAAUGGUUGAGGGUUACCCUUACAACGAGUUUUCAGGUGACGAUGAUAUGGAGAAAGCAACCAACUAUGAGAUCUUCGUCACUGAGACUGGAGAUAUUCGCGUAAAGUCACUGUUAUUUGGAAAGUAUUGGAGAAGUACUCCUUGGAUUUGGUCUGACUCUGAUGAUACUAGUGCCGAUAAUCCUGACACCUUAUUUGAGGUAUUUAAAGUUGAUGACAAUGUCAUUGCUCUUCGUAACAAAGGCAACAAAAAGUUCUGCAAAAGGUUGACUACAGAAGGCAAGGUAAGCUGUCUGAAUGCUGGUGCAACGAGUAUGGAGGUUAACACGCGGUUGAUAGUAAAAGAACCGGUCAUUUCAAGGAAAGUUGAAGUCCAAUUUAGGGUCGAGGAUGCUAGGAUUUAUAACAAGAGACCCCUCACAGCCGCGACUGUUACAGUUCCCAACAGAACAACCGCGGCCCAUGAGGUUGUGGAAGGGGUGAUUUUUACUAAAACUCAUGUUAGUACAUGGAGUAAAUCUACUUCUUUGACAUUAGGUGUCAAGGCAGAAUUCAAAUCAGGAAUCCCCUUUAUAGCCGAGGGAAAAAUUGAAGUAGGGACCGAAAUAUCAGAUACAAUUGAGUUCGGACAAUCUACUGAUUUCUCCAAGGAAGUCAAAACUGAAUACAGAGUCCCAGUGCCUCCUAUGACAAAGGUAACAAUAACCGUGCUCGGAGCAGAAGCCACCUAUGAUGUUCCCUUUUCUUACAUUCAGACAGAUCUUUAUGCUACUGGUGAUAGGGUUACAACUAAGCUCGACGAUGGGAUUUUCAAGGGUGUUGAGUCCUAUGAUUUCACCUAUGAAACCAUAUAUGAACCUCUGUGAUACAUAGCAUCUUAUCUACUCUGUUCCUAUGUCACACUAUGUUGCCCGAUAAUAAGUGUGUUUUGAUAAUAAAUAAAAGAACAAGCACUCAAUGAAAUGAAA